UUGAUUCCAGAACAUUGUUUGUCUCUGAUGAUCAAGAUGAAGUGCCUUCUGACAGCUAUUUUCGCCGUGCUGGCCCAGUGCUGCCUGUUUGCUGCAGCUGCACACGACAACGGUAACUGCGACUCGGUUCUCGAAGCAGCUCUGCGUCCGCUGUAUAGCCAACUUGACGUCUUUCGAAACCAAAUUGAUGCGGUCAAAGCGUGUGUCCAUGACUCUUGUUGUAAGAAAGACGUCUUGGAGUGCACUGAGGUGGGUCCCUUUGGCAUGGAAGAUGGUCGCAUCCCAGAUGCAAGCAUCACAGCGUCGUCAAUGUGGAGCAACCGUGCCGAUCACGGACCCACCAGGGCUCGACUUAACCUUCAAGUCAGGGGCGGAGCCGCAGCCUGGUGUAAUGAUGAAGCUAGUGAUCCUGAUCCAUGGAUCCAGGUCGACUUCGGUUCCAAUGUGAUCAUCACUGGCGUUAUCACGCAGGGGCGCGGGGAUGGGAACUGGCGGCAAUGGGUGACAGAGUUCAAAGUCGCCUACAGCAACGAUGGCCAAGAAUGGACCGACGUCACCGAUGAUGGAUCAAGUACACCGAUGAAGUUCCCUGGAAACUCGGACAAAAACACCCGCGUGACCACCACUUUCCCGAAGGCCUUCCAGGCCAGGUUCCUGCGUAUCCUGCCUACUCAGCACCAUACACAUAGCAGUAUGCGCUUCGAGGUCCUCGGCUGCAACAGUCAUGAGUAA